AUGAUACUAUGUUUAUUUUCGGUCGGUGAUAAUGGUCAAGGCCCUCCUGAUGAUUUCCACAUGGAAGCUGCAUAUCCUGUGGGGGAAGAGGACGGACAGCAGGAGAACGGCUCAUAUGGAGUCACCGAUCCUGGUUCAGCCAUAGCUUUGGCUGGCGCAGUGACUUUUAAUGAGAAUGAACAAAAUCAAUCUCCGCUCUGGACAUUCUCCGAACCAAAUCACGGCUUCCGACCUCUUGAGCCUGCUAAUAUUCCACAACAAAUUCCUCUCGAUUCCAUAUCAGUUCCUUUCUAUGACCCUGGCAUCCAACACGUCCGCUCAAUUGAAACACUGGACCAGUCCAAUGUACAGUUGUGUGGUACAUCAGCCGAGCUCGAUCCAUGGCUUCUCAGGCAUUGCAAAUUCGACGAUGUCGGUAUGCGAUCUUAUGGCAAGAUCCGUAUUCGAAAUGUCGGUGGAGUGCCCGUCAACACUAUGGUUCCGGUGCACUUUACCGUUGUUAACGACUCUUUCCAUGAGCCAAUAGGAACUCGGACAACGCCUGUCAAAUCUAUAGAAGUGCGUCGUGCGGAGUUAAAUGCGUUGAUCCCUCCUGAAAUGGGGUUAAAGUUGAUAUCUUUAUACUUCAAAUUCGUGUUUCCUGAACUCCCCAUAGUCUCUCGCCACCGGACGGAUCUGCUCACCUCGAAUCCUACAAAUGGCUUCUCUGGUUUCCCAGUUAUGCUUCUGGCGGCAAUUUAUGCGAGUGCAUUUCCAUUUUGUGUUCAUGAACCGUCACUCCACUUAUCAACAGCGUUUGAUGGUCUACCCGUCGAUGCGCUAUGGGACAUGGUCUACGGCCUCAUAACGGAAAACGUUCACCGACCCAAACUGGCUGUAGUACAGGCGGCACUGUUAUUCAUGCAGCGACCUCCCAGUGGAAGAACCCAAGCAUUGAACGAUAAUCCGGUGACUUGGUCUUUUUGGGCCAGUAUUCUUGGUCUUUCCAACUCUUUGGGCUUGCAUCUUGAGUGCCGCCGAUGGGGCAUUCCCACUUGGGAGAAGCGUCUUAGACGUAGGCUGUGGUGGGCAAUCUACAUUGAAGAUACUUGGAGAAGCUUCCUGUCAGGACGGCCGCCAUUCAUCCAUACUAAUGAGUGGGAUGUUGGCGAACUUGAUGAUACAGACUUCGUGCACAAUAUUGCUCCACCUCCGAUGUCUCGCCGUCCACCUGUCUCAACGGCGAGUAAUGGUCGUGGUGAGCCCUUCUUCAGCCCACAUAUCUUCCCGGCUAAGCUAAUCAUACGGUCAACUCGAAGCACACUCAAGGCUUCCCAGAACCUUUCUUGUGAUUUUCAAGCAUCGAUUGAUACGGCGAAACCUCUUCGCGUAAAGCUCCAGUCAUGGUAUUCGAGCCUCCCAGAUCAUUUUCGAAUCAACAUCAACAAUCCAGUGCGGCAGACGUCUUGGAAAUCUCCAGCGAAAGACGGAGUGGCAGUCUUACAAUUCUGCUAUCUCAUAGCCGAAGUCCUACUGUACCGAGCAAUACUAAGAAGCAUCGCUCGCUCUCCGCCAUUAGCUAUUAUUACCGGUGGUGAAGAAGACGAGGGAGACGAAGACUACCUCUCUUUAAUAGAUCGCACAAGUUGGGAAGAUCUCUUCACCAGCAACUUCGACCUUGACCAGCUGCCUCCAGCCACUGCUAUUGAUUCUAGUGCCGCUUUGGAAGCGACACUCAACGUCGCAGAGAAAUGUGGUGGCAUUGUCACGCAUUUCGUUAAGAGUCUUGGUCAUGAGGAUUUUGACUCACUGUGGUAUGGAUGGAUCCGCUUAUGCCUUGCCGCCAUGUCCAACUUCGUUACCCUCCUCCUUGUCCAGGCACCCAACGCAGCACGUGCUGCAAAGGCUAAAAGUCUGUGGAAACUGUGGCUUGGCAGUCUGCAGCGUCAGUACAAGCACAAUAGCCCGCUAUUUAUGCUAGGGCUCGUCCGACUCAACUCUUGGCCAUUGGCAGAUCUGGACAAGUGCUUCGAAGUCCCUGACCAUGUGUCUCAGGUACUAUCCGGAGAUAAGCCUUUGAAUGCAGCUGACGAAGAAUUCUUGCACUGA